AUGAGAAAGGAAGCGCUGGUGGUGGUGGCGGCCACGGCUGCUACGGCGGUGGUGGGGAUUACAUUAUUCAGGCGGUGGCAACGAAGGAAAGAGCGACAGUGGAAGGGAACCCAUGGCAUUCUGCGGAAGCUAGCGAGGGAAUGCGCCACUCCGGUUUCUAAGCUUUGGGAAGUGGCGAAUGAUUUGGUCUCAGAAAUGGAAGCCUCUCUUGCCUCUCAAGAGACCUUCUCCACGACCCUCAACAUGCUUGUGUCCUACAUGGCUUCAUUGCCUUCUGGAGAUGAAGAAGGGGUAUACUAUGGAGUGAAUCUUAGAGGAACCAAUUUUCUGAUUUUGUGUGCCAGACUUGGAGGGAAACAAAAACCAAUAUCUGAUUUAUAUAGAGAGGAAAUUAUCAUCCCUUCUGAUGUGGUUACUGGUACUUCUCAGGAGUUAUUUGACUUCAUAGCUGUGGAGGUAGAAAAAUUUGUUUCAGCAAAUCCUGAAAAUAGAGACACAGGAGGGGCAGAAGAGAAGAAACUGGGAUUCACCUGGUCAUACCCUGUAGAUCAAGCGGCAGCAACCUCAGGCUCUGCAAUUAAAUGGAAAAGUUUCUCAGUUGAUGAUACGGUCGGAAAAGCAUUGCUAAAUGACCUCAAUCGUGCUUUACAGAAACAUGGUGUUAACAUGCAUGUUUUUGCUCUGGUUGAUAAUGCUGUAGGAGAAUUGGCAGGAGGUAGAUACUACAAUAGAGACAGUGUAGCUGCAAUAACUCUUGGAAUGAGUACAGAUGCUGCAUAUAUAGAAGCAGCGGAAACAGUUCACAAAUGGUGUAGUCCAUUGCCCGAGUCAGGUGAGAUGGUUAUCAGUAUGGAAUUGGGAAACUUCAAGUCCCCACACCUUCCAGUAACUGAGUUUGAUGCUUCUCUAGAUGCUGAAAGCUCAAAUCCUGGUAGUGGGGUGUUUGAAAAGCUGGUUGCUGGGAUGUAUUUGGGGGAAAUUGUGAGAAGAGUCUUACUGAAGAUGGCCCAGGAAACUGGUAUAUUUGGAGAAAAUGUGCCUUCCAAACUUGCUACUCCAUUCCUACUAAGAUCACCUGACAUGGCUGUUAUGCAUCAAGACACAUCCGAGGAUCAUGACGGAGUCGAUGAAAAGCUAAAUGAAAUCUUUGGGAUUACCAAUUCAAGUCCAAUGGCAAGAGAACUGGUUGCGGAAGUUUGUGACAUUGUAGCAGAACGUAGUGCACGUCUUGCUGGAGCAGGCAUAGUUGGGAUUAUAAAGAAGCUCGGACGAAUUGAGAACAAAAAAAGUGUAGUAACCAUUGAGGGUGGUCUCUAUGAACACUACAGAGUGUUUAGGAAUUAUCUCCACAGCAGUGUUUGGGAAAUGCUCGGGAAUGAUCUAUCGGAUAAUGUGAGAAUUGAACAUUCUCAUGGAGGACCUGGAGCUGGUGCUGUCUUUCUAGCUGCUUCUGCUAAUCUCAACUCCUGAUACUUGAAUUUCAAAAUACACGACUAUCGCGAUUGCUGAAAGCAGCUUCUUCGUUUAUUUUUCGUUCUUUCUUUUUAGCAUUUUGAGUUUUGAUUUGUUCAGAUUUAAUUCCUUUGCUGGUUGUAAUUAAACUGCAAUUUUUAUUUGUUCAGAUUGAAUUCUUUUGUUUACA